AAAAGGUAUCCGCAGUAGUCUGGCCCGAAGGUCGUGUUCUAGAGGGAAAGUGAUUAGACGGAACUUAGGACGGAGUCAGUGUCGAUAGAUACGCCUCACUGUUAAGGUGCUUCUGGCAAGUGUGUACGCAAAAGCGAGUGCAGAUCCAGAGCUACCUUCCUUCACCGUUAAGGUACAUUCUUCAAACUAUCUAACCUCGACCUUAAGCGAUGUCGCUCGUUCCGGUGCAGUACCGUACGUGGUUUGACGAUUGGGACCUGCCGCUGUACACGCGCGUCCUCGAGAAGUCGAUGACGCAGGAGGUGCUCGGUGCGGAUGACUACUGGCGGGUGCCUCCGCUCGCACCACUGCGCUGGUCCAGCCUGUACCGGCCGUGGCGCUACUUCAGCCUGCGGGACGUCGGUGCCAAGGUGGACACGGAUCGGGAUCGCUUCCAGAUCGAGAUCGAUGUGCACCAGUUUCUGCCGCACGAGGUCACGGUACGCCGCACGGACAAGUACGUCACCGUCGAGGGCAAGCAUGAGGAGAAGCGGGACGAGCAGGGUUACGUGUCACGUCAGUUCUCUCGCCGCUAUCUGGUACCGAUUGGUUACGAUGCGAACUUGAUCGUCUCUUCGCUGUCGUCCGACGGUAUACUGACCGUCACUGCCCCGAGGAUCGGUCUGCCGGCGCCGAAAGUCGAAAAGUAUGUCCCCAUCUGGCACACCGGUAAACCGGCCAUCGAGGACAAGAACAGAUCGCGGCGCUGCUUGACGUACUACAAGUAACGUCAUUUCGAAUACAUUUAUUAAACCGAUUACCGGCUCUCUGAAUCUUUCCUCGAAUCGAUGUGGCUUUCUAAGCGAUGCACCGGACUUUUAAAACACCGUCGAAAGUGUGCCUGCACGUGGUAUUUCCGUUUUGCGGUGAAGCAAUCUCCGUGGGAAAAUCUGUUAAAAGUGGUUGAUUUGAAAAAGAAAAAAAAACGAGCUACUAAUUUUGUGUUGCGAAUUGCCUACCUUUAGGCGUCGAAAAGGAGACAGCAACGAGCGUGAAGCUGGAAACGGGAACACCUGAUAGGGACCACUUUUAACAGACGCUAUUCAUUUCUGCUUUUUUUCCACGGGGAAAGCUACCCAUUUUCUGCACGCACACACAAACGUGCACCCAAAUUUCAAUGUGCGAAAAAUUGCAUCACUAACACGAUCUGUAACUUUGUAAGCCCACGACGCAUACCAACUAAAAAUGUGAUUCAUUAGCGAAAUGUUGUUGUUUGUUGCAAUGGAGCUCUAAAUGUUUGUAGUUUAGUCAUAAAAUAUUAAAAAUCGCAAACAAUUCCCUUACUUAACAUCGUACCUAGUCGUGUGCGUAACAUUAUUUGAGUUCUGUUUCGAUUGCUGUAAGCACGACGCGAUUGUGUCCGAUAGCGCAAAAUGCUCCAACUAGUCUAGAACUGUAGCAAAAAAAAAAACAUAACCGUUUUGCGAAUAACAACGUCCACGUAAUAAACUAAUUUCAAUAAAGAACAAAAAAAUCGAAUCGUAUUGAAUCU